AUGUCUUCAGUCACCGUUGCCUCCCUCAAGCGCAUCGACGCCGACGCGCUGUACGCCCUGCUCAAGCAAACCCCCGCCAAACCCGCCUUCGUGUCCUCGUCGUCGUCUUCGUCAGCCGCCGAGCCUCCCACCAGCGUGCGCUCAGACGCCGAGUCCGCCGCAACGACGACUUCGGCUGCGCCCCACGCGUCCGUCGCCGUCAUCGACGUCCGCGACUCGGACUUCUUCGGCGGGCACAUCCGCGGCUGCACCAACGUGCCCACGUCGGCGCUUGACUACAAGCUGCCGGAGCUGGUGAGGCACCUGAAGAGCACGUCGACCGUCGUCUUCCACUGCGCCCUGAGCCAGCAGCGAGGCCCCAGCGCGGCGUUGCGGUACUUGAGGGAGAGGGGCAGGCUGUUGGGCGACGAUGGCCCCGGCGAGGGACAGGAGGUUUGCGUCUUGGAGGGGGGUUUCGUGAGGUGGCAGGAGAAGUACGGCAUGGACGAAACAGUCACGGAGGGAUACAAAAAGGACAUAUGGGAGUAUGGAUAUUAG